AUGCUCUUAGUCUCACCAUCAUCUUCUCGUGAGGAUGACGGUGAUGACGACGAUGAUGAUUUUGGCUAUGGAGAAAAAUCACAAGUGGCAUGUGACGGGUGCACUGCACCAAUACAUCCCCACAAAUCAAAAUACUACAGCUGUGUGGAAGGCAAAUACUUUCUCCACUCCACCUGCUUCCGUCUCCCCCAAACCUUCACCCCACACCACCCCCUCCACCCCAACCACACCACCCCACUGAAACUCCAAACUUGCCCCAAACUCGACACCAUCAAAUGCAACAUUUGCAAAUUCUACACAAACGGACUAUUCUACUCCUGCGCAGAAUGCGACUUCAAAGCCGACGUAAAAUGCGCUUCUCUCCCGUCCGUGAUCAAACACCGGGCCCACUCGCAGCCCCGACAUCGCCUCAAGCUGGUCGAGAGCAAGGACUACACGGACUCCCUCCACGUCCGCUGCAUCGGGUGCAGCAACUUCCUCGUGCGCCCGGGAGCCAUAUUCUACUCGUGCCAGAGCUGCGAAUUCAUCCUCUGCUGCGCGUGCGUACUGCUGCCGGCGUCAGACGACACGUGCUACCUGGACCAGCACGUGCUGCCGCUGGCGUUCAAUGCGGCCGCGGACCACCCCGGGAAAUUCUACUGCGAUGAGUGCGAGCGGGAGAUGAAUCCCAAGUGUUGGAUGUAUCACUGCCGCCACUGUGAUACGUCCUACCAUCCGAGUUGCAUUCAUACCUUGUCAGGAUAUGAUAGAAACUUUAAGUAUGGGAAAGAAUUCAAUAUUGAGACCCUUCACGGCCAUCCUCUCAGAGUUCAGCGUCUCAUUAGGAAAUUUCGUUGCCACGUCUGUGGUAGGAAAGAGAAGAAUGAUGCUGGAUUUCAAUGUGCAUCCUGCGAUUUCUUUGCGUGUGGAUGCAACCUAUUGUCCACUGAUGAUCCUCUUCCUCUCAUUUGA